UACGGUUGCUAUUCACGUAGGCUGCGAUGCGGUUUGAUUAUGUGUUCCAUAAGGGUUUUAUUUGUUUAUUUUAGUCCUUUCUGCAAAAUCUAAAGCAAGCAAAUUAGUGUAUGAAAAGGAUAAUUUUAGUUUAAAUAUUUUGAUGAGAACAAUUAUCAAUGCUUGAUAAUUUUAUAAAUCAUUUAAUUAAUAUGUACGCUUCAGUUUAGCUAAUGUUCUUGACAGCGCUUCUCUGCCACAUUAACCUUCAGCAUGUUACCUUAGGCCUGUAAAUGAGAGAAAAUCUCUGGUAUGUACACCACUAAGAACCCGCGUCUUCGUAUCAACCAAAAUGACUUGAUGUGCAAAAACGGGUGUGAAUAUUACGGAAAUUCGGAGUGGGAUGGCUACUGCAGCCAGUGUCAUCUGAAGUCUGUAAAAAAUGAGAGGUUGAAGAAGGGAGGAGAACGCCCUACUGACAGGAGCAGCCAUGGCGAGAGGCAGGGCAAAGCGUCCGUCGCCGCCUUCUCCAAGUUCGAGGAGAAGAAGCGGCAGCAGGUCGAAAAGAAGCCCAAGAUUCUCAAGAUAUUCAAGAAGUCCUCGAACGUCAAAGAGUCGAGCCGGGCGGAGCAGUGGCGGGCGCUGUACGUCGGCAACCCGGACCUGGACCGCCUGAAGGAGGAGGCCCACCUGUACCUGGGCGGCGUGGGCGAGGCCGUCGAGGGCGACAUCCGCAAGUGCAUCCACACCUUCAACGUCAGCGUGCUCAAGAUGGUGGACGGCAAGUCCGUGGAGGAGCUGUCCGAGCUGGCCCAGAACUUCUACCAGGUCUUCUGGAAGCGCAUGGACGCCAACCCCGUGUACGGAGACGUGGACCAGGAGCGCAGGGAGAUCCUGCUGGACUACGUGGAGAAGUACGCCAUGACCUGCCUGCACGACCUGCUGUUCUGCCCCCAGUCGACCUCGGACGAGGAGAAGGACCUGUACCUGCAGGAGCGCAUCCGGCAGCUGAGCUGGGUCAGCGCCAAGCACCUGGACUGCCGCGUCGACGAGACCCGGUCGGAGGUGCGCGACCUCGUCUACACCGCCAUCACCGACAUCCUGGGCAUGGACUCGGCCAAGGCGCCCCAGGACAAGCUGGGCUGCGUGGUGCGCUGCUGCCGCAACAUCUUCCUGCUGCUGCAGCAGGCCUUCGAGGGGCCCGCGUCGGCCGACGAGUUCCUGCCCGCGCUCAUCUUCGUGGUGCUCAAGGCCAACCCCGCCCGCCUCAAGAGCAACAUCAACUACGUCACGCGCUUCUCCAACGCCAGCCGCCUCAUGUCGGGCGAGGGCGGCUACUACUUCACCAACCUGUGCUGCGCGGUGUCGUUCGUGGAGAACCUGACGUCGGAGUCCCUGAACAUGCCGGCGGAGGAGUUCGAGCAGUACAUGUGCGGCAAGCUCGUCCCCACCAGCACCUGGGAGUCGGCCCUCAUGAUGUGCGAGGGAAUGCACUUCAUGAACGAUCAGUUGGCGGUCCUGGACGACCUGCAGUCGAGGCACUCGACGCUCGUGAGGGACGCCGCGCUGCUCAAGGAUGAGAUGCUGCGCUUCAAGGACGAGGUGGCGAGGAAGGUGGACGGAGUGCUCGCUCGCACGCCCCUCAUCAUCCAGCCGGCGAGGCGUCCGACCGACCUGGACGCGGACGACCCACAUUGCGACUCGCUGCCCCCGCCCAUGCAGCCGCAGGUGGUAGCACCGCUGUUGGCCGCCGAGCCGCCGGUCUCGCCGAAGGACGCGACGGACGUCCCGGGCGGGGGCUCCCUCCUGCCGCAGUCGCUGUCACGGGACCUGCUGUCGCCGUCGCCGACCUUCGCGUUCGGGCAGGACCUGCGCUCCGUCAGCUACGACAUGGACCUGUCGGACGCGAGCGCGGACGACAGCGGCGCGAGCGAGCCGGCGGCCGCGGUGGCCUCCCUGCUGGACGGGGCGGGGUCCCCGGCCGGCGGGCUGCUGCCGUCGCCCCUGAGGCCGGUGCCGGCGGCCGAGUACCAGGGCUUCUCCGCCCAGGGCUGCCACAUCACCAGCAUCCCCUGCGACACCGGGGAGUCCCUCCCGGGCAAGUGAAUUCCGUGCAAGCUGUACAUCUGACGUGGCGAAAGGUGGGUGCUGUGCUCCCCUAUUCACUGCUGUUCCACUGUCGCCAACCACACAUUAAUUAUUUCCUCGUUACUGUGCAGUGUUUAGUAAUAAAGUGUUAUAUGAGUGUU